CCUAGCGUGAAACAGGGCAGGGUUGGGGCAGAAGGCUGUGGCUCCCAGCCAGAGCUCAGGCUCUCCUGGAUCUGUGGCUCUGGGCUCGGCUUCCAGGCUGAAAGACAAAGCAGCUGUGGCCUGUUUGGGUUAUUUCUCUGUGUGUGCGGACUUCAGCAUUCCUCAUAAAGAACGUUUUUUUGGGGGGCGAGGAAAAACCUCUGCAUUUGGCCAAACAAAAGAACCAGGCAAUGCCAGCUGUGUUUGGUUCACCAGUUCUGGGGUCUGUGACUGAAGUGUCAGCUAAGGAGUGGUUUCACACAUCUCUUCACCAUCUGGAAUAAGACGUUGAAGAUAUUCCACACCAUCUAAACAACAUGGGCUGCGGUAGUUCAUCAAUUAAAAUCAGGAAAUCUGCAAAAACAAUAAGAGCUGCGUUGAUCAUCCAAAAUUGGUACCGAGGUUACAGAGCUCGGUUGAAGACCAGACAACGCUAUGCUCUCACCAUCUUCCAGUCCAUUGAAUAUGCCGAUGAACAAGGCCAAUUACAGUUAUCCAAUUUCUUUUCCUUCAUGUUGGAAAACUACGUACAUAUACAAGAGAAAGAUCCAACUUUAGUAAAUCGGCUGUUUGGUUGCGCCCACCAGGACGACAGGGGUAGACAGGAAUGUGUAGGGAUAAUAGAGAUUCCAGACUCCUAUAUUGGCCCUCGGCUGCAAUUUCCACUCAAUAGUAAUUCUCUUAAUGUAAUGAUUGAGGCCUUUAAGCAGCAGCAGAUACUCCAUGCCUAUUACGUUUUAGAGAUACUGUUCGAAACUAGGGAAGCCAUGAAGCAAAUGCCCAAUUUUAAUCAUAUAAGAACUUGUCCCACCAAAGAGAUAACCAUCUGUGGUGAUUUACAUGGAAAAUUAGAGGACCUCCUUUUGAUCUUCACCAAGAAUGGCCUCCCCUCUGGGUAUAACCCAUAUGUUUUUAAUGGUGACUUUGUGGAUCGAGGAAAAUGUUCCAUCGAGAUCUUAAUGAUCCUGUUUGUGAGUUUCCUUCUCUAUGGUGAUGACCUGUCCUUGAACAGAGGGAACCAUGAAGACUUUUUGAUGAAUAUGAGGUAUGGAUUCACAAAAGAAGUCUUGAGUAAAUAUAAGAUACAUGGGAAGAAAAUCUUACAAGUCUUGGAAGAAGUUUUUGCUUGGCUUCCCCUUGGUACAAUCAUUGAUGAUGAGAUCCUGAUCAUGCAUGGUGGCAUAUCAGAGUCUACGGAUCUGAAUUUACUCCAUCAUAUAGAAAGAAACAAAAUGAAAUCUGUGUUGAUGCCACCAGUUCCAGUGGAUAAAGAUGUAGGAACUGAAAUGAAGAAGACUAAAGGAUAUACGCCUCGGGGAAUCAAAUUAAGUGGAUCACCUUCUGAUUAUUUAACAAAGCAUGAGUGGGAACAGGUCAUCGAUAUUCUGUGGAGCGAUCCUCGUGGGAAACGAGGCUGUUACCCAAACACAAGUCGAGGAGGGGGCUGCUAUUUUGGGCCAGAUGUCACCACGAAGUUUCUUAAUAAAAACCAUUUGAAGCUUCUCAUUAGAUCUCACGAGUGUAAACCAGAAGGGUAUGAAGUCUGCCAUGAUGGGAAGGUUAUUACGGUAUUUUCUGCUUCUAAUUAUUAUGAAGAAGGCAGCAAUAGAGGAGCUUACAUCAAGGUGGGUUUUAAUACCAAUCUGCGAUUUUUCCAGUACCAAGUAACCAAGGCAACGUGCUUAGGACCUCUUCAUCAAAGGGUGAAUACCAUAGAAAGUAGUGCCAUCAGGAUAUUGAAAGAGCGAAUCAUUUCACGAAAAACUGACCUCAUUCAUAGUUUCCAACUUCAAGACCGUACUAAAUCAGGAAAAAUAUCUAUGGGGCAGUGGGCUUUUUCUAUGGAAAACGUUUUGGGACUGAACUUGCCAUGGAGAAGCCUGAGCUCACAUCUCGUUCUCACUGACCAAGAUGGAAACAUUGACUACAUGACUUGCUUCCACGACAUUCACAUUCAAAAACCUGUGAAAGAGGCUCAGUCAGCUCUCAUUGAAACCCUGUACAGAUACCGAUCUGACCUGCAAAUCAUUUUUAAUGUCAUUGACUCUGACCACUCAGGUCUUAUCUCUAUGGAAGAAUUCCAUUCCAUGUGGAAACUUUUUUGUAGUCACUACAACCUUCAUAUUGGUGAUUCCCAAGUUGAUGAGCUUGCUGAAAGAAUGGACUUGAACAAAGAUGGAAGCAUCGACUUCAACGAGUUUUUAAAGGCUUUCUAUGUCGUACACCAACUUGACAACUUGCACAAAUCAAAGACCCAACUUGCUUAACAAGAAGUAGAGCUUUCCCUCAAGAAUAUAGUCACUAAUACAGUGUUUUUGCAGUACCAGUGGUAGAAACAAUAGGCCCAAUUUCUGCCAUGAGCAGAUGUGUAAUGUGGGUAUUAGAAGUGCCUAGUAAGCUGUUUUGUUAAGACUAGGUUAAAUGUCAGCUCCAGUGGCAGGACCACACAUUUCUAGAGAGAAACUGAUGUUGGGCCUAGUGUUGGUCUCUUUGAUGUCCACUAACCAGGAGACCAAAGCAGUUUAGAAACAUACUAAAAGAAAAAACCUGUAGAACACAGGAAACAAACAAAAACUACACCAUCUGUAAGUGGCUCAGGAAUAGGAGGAGGAAUACUGAACUGCUAAUGUAAUAAAGCAUUUCCAGCUUUCAA